AUGGAUAUCUACACACCAGAAUAUGAAUGUGGCGACCUAAAUACGCUCAUACUAUCUAUAAGACAGCAUCUUAAAAGACAUGUUGGUCCUGUAUUGCCUUCUCCUACAAAAUCUGACUUUAUCGCUCUUUCGUCUGAGUUGCCUGAUAUUAUAUAUGGAGUGGUAUCGCCAAUCGCAAGGAAACCAAUCAAAGACCAUAGAGUGUUAUGGGUAAUGACUUUGCAGUCGGUUGUACAUCGGGCUAAUAUCUUGAUGAAGCUUCACAAGGACGUUCAAUUCCACUCACGGGCCGAUUCGGAUGUGGCUCAUGUGGUGAAGGAAUUGAGUGAAGUUUUAACAAACCUAUACUCGUUCAUCAAAUCUUUUAUGGCUCAGGUAGAUGAGAAUACCUUUUUGGAGGCUAAUAAUGCUUACCGUAAUACUAUAAGGACGUCGUUCAUAAGCCUUUUAUGCGAGGCUCUUGAGUUGGUGGACACGGGUAAAGAUGUGGCCUACGACCCUGAAUACUUUGAAGCGUUGGCUACUGUUACGUAUAGCGCCGUGGUUCAUGUUCAAAAUAAGAAGUAUGAUCAGUGGGAACAUAAGCUUACAGCACAAGCAGACGUGACGAAAGCAAUUGUUGCAUUGAACAAGACAGCAUUCUUCAUGGGAGCCCCAGAGAAAGUUGAGCCUCUUUUUGUUUCAAAUGAAGGAAGACCACCGGUCACUGAAACCUUCCCGUUUAACUUCGUUUCCCAUCUUGAAACUGAUUUGCCGUUACUCAUUGACUUUUACAGGUACUGCGGCUUCUGUCUAGUCACCUUGGCAACGACUAAAGAUUCCACACCACACAUAACGUCCAAGUAUGCACAGUUGGCGAACUACUUCCUUGUGACGCUUCUAUCACUUCCAAACUUGAGUCUUAGCAAUUACCCUAUAUCUGGGGAAGUUCCAAGGACUAUCCGUAGCGAACACUACCUUCUGCUGCAAGACAGAGAAGAGAUAUCCUUCUUUUACGUGUUGAGCUACCUUUUACGGUUGGAGAAUUUGACUUCUUUGGUUGACCCAUUGCCUAGAUUCAAGGCAGAAGUGAAACACUUUGUUUUGUCUUUUGGUAAACGAAUCUCCUCGGAUUUGGAUAUCCUGGCAUCGAGAAACCAAUCCUAUUCAAACUCCACAAUUUCAAUGUUGAGCUUGGAGCAACGAGCCACCGCUGCGGCACCUAUCGGUAAUGCUAAUACCUUAAGUUCAAUCCUAUCAGAAGGAACGUACAAAGAAAAGCUUCAUUUGGUCAAGUUGUUCUUCGAUAACCUCGUCACCGCUAAAGUCACAGGUAAUGUGGCGCUUGCCAAAAUGAUCGAAACUUUCAACUUCGAAUCCGUUCCCGAAGGUUCCCUUUUGACCAGAACGAUGAAAAACCAAGACUUCCACCAUCUUUUAAGUAACGUGGAUAUCCAGGCAUACCCAGGAAAGAGGCUUUACGUCGAGGCGAUCGAAAAGAUUGUCAGGCUCAUCCAACUACUCACCCUCAAGUACCUACACACUACACUCGGACUCGAAAGCCACCCCGACCAACUUUUGGCCCAGCUCUACAACACCACCUACACUUUCGACAACGUAUCCAAGGUCAAGCAAUUAUUACGCACCAACGACGACGGAACCCUUUGUCGAGCCGUGCCAAAGCACACCCCAGAGAAUCUCGAAAUCUCUUCCCAGCUCGACAUGAUCUCGACUACCAGAGAGCUCGAGCAAACCAUGCGGUAA